AACUGGAAAGCUAUUACAUGUGUGCUUUGUAACGAAAGAUAAAAAGCUUCUCGAUAUAUUAUUGCGAAAAAUAUCGCGUGUUGACAAAGUAAAAAAAAAAAAAAUUAAAUCACGCCAUCAAACGUUCGUUUCGUAAUCGUCAGAUGCCGCGUGUUGUCCAUUGGGUUGUCCGAAUUGGAUCAAGAGAUCGCUCUCGGUGUGUGGGACUGCGGCACAUACAUAUACAUACAUGCAUACAUCAUCGCAAUUUUUUGUUGCUAACGUCAACGUGCGGUGAUUCGCGUCACGGCCUUUAGCGCGACCCUGUUUCUCGUCGCCGAUUCGUCACGUGAAUUUGCCUUCGCUAACGUUCACGUCGUUCGAAACGCGGGAGACGGAGGAUCCCCCAACUCGGGAGGAACUGAAAGCCCACGUGGCCCGUCUACAUCUGCUGACAGUGGCUGUCCGUCUGACAGUGUACGAGGAUCGACGUUUGUCAGGCGUCGCUCACUCGCCAGUCAUUCCGCUUCGCACAGUGGACGAUAUUGUCGGCGAGCAGAUCGUAGCAGGCGUCGAGUAGCUUUUUGGGAUAUCGAGCUUUGGACGAAUAAACGAACGAUAGUGUGGUGCCUGCGCUACCGAUGAUUUUUCAUCGAGGUGACAGUCGUCGUGUGAUGCGCUGGAGAUAAAUUGAAUGGACAGAAUGGCUCGUUACGGCAGCGAGAGAUCCCUACAUUCCCUGCAGCCGAUGCACCCGGGUCACUCAACUCACGCUGCCGUCUCGACGUCUCCCACGACGCCGACGACAACGUGCUAUAUCAAUCUGACCAAGGUUGCCACCGUCAGCUCUAUCCACGUGCCAAGUGUCGGAUCAUCUGAAAGCCCUACUGCCACCUCGCCGACGUCUCCGCCGGACUCCCGUAUACCGAGGCCAUCGCCGUCGGCUCUGCGUCGCGCUGCCAGUUUGCGCGUGCGCGGCGAACGGAUACUACCACCACAUCAUCCGCGAGCCACCACCGCCGCGGCCCUGAUCGGCCACCAACAGCAUCACCGUCGUCACAACCACCUCCUGCAAUCGUCGCAGCAGCAUCAGCAUCCGGAUCAUUGUAUCUUUCCAGUCAUCACGGAGAAUGGAACCGACUCGCCGCGACAACGAUCCCUCAGUCUCUCACUGACACCGGUGAGGCCGCGGCCAGGUCACGCGGCCUCUGGAGGAACGACGACGGGGAUUGCCAAUGAUGACAGCGAUGUCGAGAGCGUGAAGAGUUAUAGUAGCGCUUGCAGCACGGCGAGCGCUUGUGAGCACGCCUCCUUCGCGUUGAACGGUACCACUUGGUCCGGUCGAUCGCGAAAAUAUGUCGUGCAUUGUUCUAAUCACGUCGGCGACAAUGAACAGUAUCUCACGCCUACCCAAAGAGCGGCUAGACAAGUCAGGAAAUUUCAGGCUCUGUUGAAAGAGGCGCGUAAAGAGAUCGAGGAGAAAGAUCGGGAACUCUUGCGUUUGACGAAGGAGGUUGUGGAAUUGAGAUUGUACAAGGCUUCUCUGAACAGUCCGGAUGAGCGAACGGAUAGCAGCGACGCUCUCACUGUGCGCGAAAACAAUCCCUUCUCGCCAGAAUCGCCGAGCAAGGAUCUUCCGGAUGAGAACAUCGCGGAGAAAUCUGUUACCAGUCCGGAAACGCCGGAGAAGCGUUUAAACACAGAUGUUCCACCAUCGUUGGCUGAUUCCGGACACUUUGAAGAUGGUUCCAUCCAUUCAAAAGACUCUGUAUGCCUGCCUGAGCCACAACCAGAGAUUGUUAUCAGCACGAUUACUGAAGUACAAUCCAGCGAUAUCCCCGAUACGAUUUCUAGAACGCCGACGAGCAUCGAGCGAGACGAGGAGAGACGUCGAUUGGUUAGUCAUUAUGAGAAUAGAAUCGAAGAUAUGCACAGACGGCACAUUGACGAGUUGCAGGAUCUCAAGCAGAAGCACAAUGACAAGGUGGAAAGUUUGCUCAAUCAAUUGUCUGAGGUCAACACACGUUACUGUGAAGUGCGGCCAGCCUUAGACAUCGCGGAAGCUCGUGUACGUGAAUUAGAAGCGGAGUUAGAGGCUGUGAAGACUGAGCUUAAUGAACAGAAAGCGAUCUUAAGCGAGCAGGAGGAAAGAAAUAAGCAAAUGUACCUGAAAAUGUAUGCCAAAGGUCAAGAAGCCGCGCGCAUUGAACAAGCUGAUCAAAUUCUUGUGCAAGCGCAUCAAUCACCGCCUAAAGUCACCGUUGCGGAACUUCUUCAACAGCUAACCGUCACACAAGCUGAAUUAGAAAAUAUUAAGGACACAAGCUACUCGCCUGAACCUCACAUUUCAGCCGAACAUAGCCAAAGUUUAUUAAGCGCUCAGGAGGCUGUUUCUCUCUGGGUCCUUGGCACACGUAAGAUCGGGCGAUAUUAUCCAAUGCACCUGGAAGAAACAGCCUCUUAUAUCUUCGGCCAGUGCAAUGUAUCGACGUAUUGUAGAGGCGAGAAGCAGUCAGGGUACGCUCGAUCCAGAAAUUACCCUGCAGUUCCUAAAGUCGGCAAUCUAUUAUUUUCUAACUGAUAAGGAGAAUCAUCAUGGUCACUUAAAUGCUAUUGAAAGUAUCUUGGGCUUCACAGACACGGAAAAGCAUAAUAUCGACAGGCUCUAUCGAUCGGCGAGGAAGUAACACUUUUUAGAAAUUCUUCAUUAUUAAGAAAUAAUAUCGCUAUUGAUGAGUGAUAUUAUGCUAUCAGAUUUAAUGUUAACAUUUUUAUUUUUCUUGUUGGUAAAUCAAAUUUUUUAAAAUAAACAUUUUGAUUUGUGUGUCCGACAGAUUUGUAUCAACUUCAUGGAUAUUUUUUAAUUAGUAAAGUGAAAAAUUUAUCGUGAAAAUUAAUUAGUAUAUUUUUUUAUAGCAAGAAAACAAAUUAUGUUUUUAUGAUGACAAUUUUUGCUCUCUCCUAUUUUUCCAGAACUCAACAAUGAAGUUUGUACGGAUCUUUCAUGAUCACACCUUAUAUUUUUUCAUUAAUUAUUAUUUAUGUACAAUACAAAAGAGAUAAAGAAAAACAGUACAUUUUGAUAGUAUAAAACAAAUAUAAACCAAACAUAUUCGAGAGAUCUAAUUAUAAUAAUUUUGUUACAAUAUUUUACAACUCUUUCUCGCACACACACAUAUAUAUCAUAUUUUUAAUACGCGCUGGGUGACGAUUUCGGACAAAUUGCUUUUAUUUUUUAAUAUACAUCUAAAAUUUAAUAUAUAUGUAGUGUGUAUAUAUAUAUAUAUAUAUAUAUAUAUAUAUAUAUAUAUAUAAGUUAAUA